CAGCCACAUAACGUUUAGGGCAAAGAUGCAGACAAACGUAUAGUUCAAGCUCGGGAAGAAGGAAGGCGAAAAUUGCUUGAAACGGAGAAGAAUCCGUCAUCAGCGUGUCCUUUUGGACAACAUUAUUCAUUGGUGUGAAGAUGCGGCUUCCAUGUGUCACUGUUUUUCUCCUCGCAGUCUUCUUGAGCAUAGACGAGAGUACAGCUAAGGGUGGAUGCUCGGGGUCUUCAUGUGGUGGUUGUGACUGCAGCGGUGUUAAAGGGGCAAAGGGUGAGGUUGGGCUCCCUGGUUUGAUGGGCCUUGUUGGGUUUCCUGGAAUGCAAGGUCAUGAGGGCCCUCCAGGGUCAAUGGGGCCAAAGGGUGACAGAGGGGAGAUAGGAGCACCAGGAAUUAAAGGAAGCAGAGGCCUACCUGGUCAAGCUGGUUUCCCAGGACGUCCAGGUAUUCCAGGUCUUCCUGGUCUAGAAGGAGCACCUGGACCUCAAGGAAUCCCAGGCUGCAAUGGAACAAAGGGGGAGCGAGGAUUUGAUGGGAUCCCAGGUAUUACGGGAUUGCUGGGACCACCGGGUAUACCAGGUAUUAAGGGAGGAAAGGGUGAUCCAGGUGGUGUUAUUGGAUUACCCAUCCCUCUAAAAGGAGACAGAGGCUUGCCAGGACAACACGGUUUCCCAGGUCAAAAAGGUAAUGCUGGACAACAAGGGCCUGUUGGUCCACCUGGACCUUAUGGACCUCCGGGAAGACCAGGUGAUCCUGGACAAAAAGGAGAGCCGGGUGACAAGCUGACCUUUAUUGGUGAGAAAGGGGAAAAGGGACAAAGAGGUUUAACCGGCCCCCCAGGUCCUCCAGGAAGGUCAGAGGAAUACGAAGGCCCUGCCACAACACUUUAUCUUCCUGGACCACCGGGUGAGACAGGCUCUACUGGAGACAAAGGAGACAAAGGUUCCUGUGCACCACAUCAGCAUGGAAUAAAAGGUGAACCAGGACCACCAGGGCCAAUAGGGAAACCAGGGAAAGAUGGACAGAGUGGAGAAAAGGGGGAAAUCGGCUUCCCUGGUAAUCCGGGACUUGAUGGCUUCAAGGGUGACAAAGGAGAAAGAGGGCCACCAGGAUAUGGUGCUGGUUCUCCUGGCCCUCCUGGUCCUCCAGGCCUCCCUGGAGCAGAAGGAGAAACAGGUUUUCAAGGAGAGCCAGGAGCUCCUGGUCCCCCAGGCAGAUAUAUCGAGGGUCCUCCUGGACCACCUGGCUUCCCUGGAGAGAUUGGCAAGAAAGGAGAAAAAGGAGCCGAUGGACGGUCUUUUCCAGGUCCCAAAGGAACUGAUGGGCAACCUGGCCCACCCGGACCGCCAGGACCUAUUAAUGAAGAAUGUGAUGUUACAAAAGGAGCUCCAGGCCCUCCGGGACCUCCAGGGUUGCAAGGAGAGGUGGGACAGAAAGGUGAUCAAGGUGAAACAUGCACAGAGUGCAAUGCUUUUGGUCCCCCUGGUUUGCCUGGUCCUCAAGGGCCAAAGGGUCUGCAAGGUUUUCCUGGACCAGCAGGUAUUAAAGGCGAGAAGGGUUUGCCAGGGCCCAGUGGGCCAGCUGGAAAUGCUGGUUUUAAUGGUGCUCCAGGUUUGAUGGGUAAACCUGGUGCUCAAGGUGAACCUGGUGAUAUAUUUGUGGCUCCUGGGCUGAAGGGAGAUAAGGGCUUACCUGGUACUACUGGAGACAGAGGAUUCCCGGGUGUUGAUGGGCUCCCAGGAAAAGAUGGACGACCAGGAUAUCCUGGAACCAAGGGAGAGCCUGCUAAAUUCGGAAUUAAGGGUGAUCGUGGCCCAGAUGGAGAUUUUGGAGUUCCUGGCCCUCCAGGCGAAAGAGGUCCCCCAGGUGAACCAGGUAUAGGUCGGCCAGGUCAACCUGGAGAUAAGGGCUCUGCAGGAUUCCCUGGUGCACCAGGAAGGCCAGGACUACAAGGAGCUAAAGGUGAAGCUGGUAAAGUCAUAAGUUUACCUGGGCCUCAGGGUGCCCCAGGGCCUCGUGGAGAGAGUGGUAGACCUGGUCUUCAAGGUGAUAGAGGAUUUCCAGGUGAACGUGGGGUUCCAGGAUUCCCUGGAGAUAAAGGUGACCCUGGACUGCCAGGAAUUGGACUUCCAGGACCCCCGGGGCCAAAAGGGUACUCUGGUAUUCCAGGACCAAGUGGAAUCCCAGGAGAGUCUGGCGAACCAGGUCAGGAUGGCUUACCUGGUCGCGCAGGAACACCUGGUCAAAAAGGUGAACCUGGCAGGGGUCUUCCUGGUCCUAAGGGUACUACAGGUCUACCAGGAGUGCCAGGAUUUCCAGGGGAAAAGGGUAAUACUGGAAUGCCAGGGGUUCCUGGAACAGAAGGACGUACUGGGCCACCUGGACCUCAAGGACUUAAAGGUAACCCUGGACCACCUGGAGUCCAUGGUGCACUAGGGCCACCAGGUCCUCCAGGACUGGGAGAACCUGGAGCUCCUGGACCAAUGGGGCCACCUGGAGGCCCUGGACCUAUUGGCCAGUCUGGAAUAAAGGGUGACAAGGGUUAUCAAGGACUACCUGGUUUGGACAUGCCUGGCCCUCCAGGAGACAGAGGUAGCCCUGGUGUCCCAGGUCUACCAGGAUCAAAGGGUUUGCCUGGGCAACCAGGAGUUCCUGGAAAAGAUGGCUUUCCUGGCGAACGUGGUCCAAAAGGAGAAAUUGGAAUCAUGGGAAUGGCAGGACCACCAGGAUUUCAAGGUUUAGUUGGAAAUCCUGGAGAUCCUGGGCAAAAGGGUGACCCAGGUAUGCCUGGCAUCAGAGGAGACUUUGGUGAUUUAGGCACCAAGGGUGAGAGAGGAGAGCCGGGUCUACAGGGGCCACCUGGAAAUAUGAGUGAUGUGGACAUGGAACACAUGAAAGGGGAUAAAGGAGACAUAGGAGACAGAGGUGAUCCUGGUCCUACUGGAGAAAAGGGGUUUCCUGGAACAUCUGGUGACCCUGGUAUGCCAGGAAAAGAUGGAAUGCCAGGGUCACCUGGACAGCCAGGUGAUAAAGGAGACCCUGGAAUCAUUGGAAAACCAGGAAGCAUUGGAGAACCUGGAGACACAGGCGCUAGAGGAGACAUGGGAUACCCAGGUUCAAUGGGUCCAAAGGGUGCUAAAGGUGUUGGUGGUUCACCGGGUCACCCUGGUUUUAAGGGGACUGAUGGCUCCAAAGGAGAUAAAGGAGAUCCUGGUGAACCAGGAAUAGGAAUCCCUGGUCCCCCUGGCACAAAGGGAAAUAUAGGCUCCCCUGGAUUCCCUGGUGAGCCUGGAGAGAAGGGACAGAAGGGUACAAUGGGUAUGACAGGAACUCCUGGAACUCAAGGACAUAAAGGAGACCAAGGAUCGAUUGGUUACCCAGGCAGUCCAGGGAAGCCUGGUGAGAAAGGUGUUGGUGGGUUGCCAGGGUCCCCAGGAGAACCUGGGACUCCAGGACGUCCAGGUGAGCCUGGUCUACAGGGUCCUCCAGGUCCCCAUGGGGAAAAAGGUCAAUCAGGGCAAGAUGGCAUUCCUGGAUUCACUGGAGAGAGAGGGGAGCCUGGUGUACCAGGGAGAGGUUUGCCCGGAUCUCGUGGAGAACCUGGCGGCAAAGGUGACAAAGGCAACCCUGGUCUUCCUGGCAUUCCCGGGAGUCCAGGUAUACCUGGAACCAAAGGUGAUAAAGGUCUGUCAGGAUUGCCAGGGGAUCAAGGUCGACCUGGGGAGAGAGGACUUCCAGGACAAGCCAUGGAGGGGCCUAAAGGGGACAGAGGAGACCAGGGACAGCCAGGAGAAAGAGGUGCAACUGGUGAACAAGGUCCACCUGGAAUUCCAGGAAGUGCUGGAUCAAAAGGAGAAAAGGGAGAUGUGGGCUUCCAAGGCGCACCAGGCUCUCGGGGUUAUAAAGGAGACAAAGGCUUCAUUGGCGUUUCUGGUGAGCCUGGGUUGCCUGGUUAUAAUGGACCAAAGGGUGAGAUGGGACCCCAGGGUGUUCCUGGUUUCCCUGGUACAAAGGGUGAACAAGGAGUGAUUGGUUCUAAGGGUGAAGGAGGUGACAGAGGAUUCCCAGGUCUUAAAGGUAGUGAAGGUCCCCCUGGACCCCCUGGACCACACACAUAUGUAAAGGGAGAUCCAGGUCCUCCAGGACCACAGGGUCCCCAAGGUCUAGUUGGAAUUCAAGGCUUCCCUGGGGCAAAAGGACAACAGGGUGUGAUGGGACUCCAGGGUUUAAAAGGAAGCGAUGGGACACCUGGCUAUAAUGGACAUCCUGGGGCCAAAGGAGAGCCUGGACAAACUGGACCCCCCGGGCCUAGAGGGUACCCCGGACCCCCAGGGCCUGAUGGUAUUCCAGGUCAUAUCGGCCCUCCAGGCCCUUCCUCAAUGGACCACGGCUUCCUUGUAACUCGCCACAGUCAGACUAUUGAUGUACCACAUUGUCCACAGGGAACGACGCCAAUCUAUGAUGGAUAUUCCCUGCUUUAUGUCCAGGGCAAUGAAAGGUCACAUGGGCAAGAUCUAGGUACAGCUGGUAGUUGCCUAAGGAAGUUCAGCCCAAUGCCGUUCCUCUUCUGUAACAUCAACAAUGUUUGCAACUUUGCAUCUCGUAAUGACUAUUCCUACUGGCUGACCACUCCAGAGCCCAUGCCUAUGAGCAUGGCCCCCGUCACCGGCGAGAGCAUCAAACCCUUCAUCAGCAGAUGUGCUGUGUGUGAGGCUCCUGCUAUGGUUAUAGCUGUGCACAGUCAGACCAUACAAAUUCCAAACUGUCCCGAUGGCUGGGCUUCACUCUGGAUUGGAUACUCUUUCGUUAUGCAUACGAGCGCUGGUGCUGAGGGCUCCGGUCAGGCUUUGGCUUCUCCUGGCUCUUGUCUUGAAGAGUUCCGCUCGGCUCCCUUCAUCGAGUGUCAUGGUCGCGGCACCUGCAACUACUACGCCAAUUCUUACAGCUUCUGGUUAGCCACCAUAGAAGACACAGAUAUGUUUACGAAACCAGUCCCUGCAACAUUAAAGGCCGGAAGUCUAAGAACUCACAUCAGCAGGUGUCAAGUGUGCAUGAAGAGGGUAUAAUCCUGCCUCAGCGCUCUUUCUCAUCCAGUUUUAUGAACAAAACAACUAAUGUACUGUUUGGUGCUACUUCUAUGAAAAGCCAUAGAAAAACUUCAAGAACACAUUUGCGUCUCUACAUUUAUAAGCAAUGGAACCUCAAAGAUUUCCCGGCACAUUUGCUUCAUUCAAAAAAAAA